GUUGUGUUGUGUUAGAUAUUUGGGGUGAGUGAAGAAGCAGUUUCAAUUUCCAUUUCCCAUUUUCAAUUUCAAAUGCUUUCAUCCAUGCAACUUCUUUGCUUCUACCAGCCGCCACCAUCGUCACUGUUUGUUGUGCACAAAAAUGGAGACAUUUUCAAGGACAAGAGGUUCAUCACAAACCCUUCUUUUUCUUCCUCUUCUUGUUUUGGGAUUGUUCGUGCAUCAGUGAAGGAAGAUUCACAGUCACAGCAAUAUGAGGUAGAGCCAGAAAAAGCCAGAGAAGCACUCAAAAAGCUUGACGAACAAAUGCAAUCUCUCUCUAGUAAAAAACAACCCUCCAAUGCUUCAAAACUCAACAAGAUUUCAGAAAUGAAGCUUCCCACAGAGCAGCGCAUUGACAAAGACAAGCUAGAAAUUUCAGACUCAUUUCUUGGAAGUGUAGCUGGUGUUCUGAUUCUCUUCACUAUAUUCUAUAAUGUACUAUUUUAUACAGUAAUUAAGCCUUCCAUUGAUGGUUCAUGACAUGUCCAUGUAUGGCUGGUGCUGGUGUGUGUAUACAUAGAAAAAGUAGAAGAGAAAAGCAUAAACCUUUAUAUAUGUAUAUGUAUGUGAAGUGUAGAGUUGGACUGUAUCAGUCUUCUGAAGAUUAGAGAUUCAGAACUUGGAUAUCACUUUGGAAGAAAUCAUCACUAUUUCAUCUCACUUGGAGUUUUCUACAGCAUUUACACACCAUGUUCUAAGCCUCAAGUUAGAUAUUUAUCCUAUAUACUUAUUGGUAGUUAUCAA